AUGUCGCAAGGACAGAGAGGAGCAGUGGGGAUCCCGCUCGCGGUUCUCCUCCUAGCCAUCCUCCUCCACAUCGCCGGCUGCAGCCCACCUCCGGAGCCGGUGGUCUGCACGCACGGCACAUCCAACUGCACGGUCACCAACUCGUUCGGCUCCUUCCCGGACCGCAGCAUCUGCCGCGCGGGCAACGUCGCCUAUCCGCGCACGGAACAAGAGCUCGUGGCGGCCGUCGCGGCGUCGGCGGCGGCGAAACGCAAGAUGAAGGUGGCCACCAAGUACUCACACAGCCUCCCCAAGCUGGCGUGCCCCGGCGGCCUGGACGGCACCAUCAUAAGCACUGCGCUGCUCAACCGGACGGUGCGCGUCGACGUGGAGAGGAGGCUUAUGACGGUGGAGAGCGGCAUGGUCCUCCGGGACCUGAUCGAGGCCGCCGGCGCCGCAGGGCUGUCCCUGCCGCACUCGCCGUACUGGUACGGCCUGACCAUCGGGGGCCUCCUGUCGACGGGCGCGCACGGCAGCUCGCUGUGGGGCAAGGGCGGCGCCGUCCACGAGUACGUGGUCGGGCUGAGGAUCGUGACGUCGGGGCCGGCGAGCCAGGGGUUUGCCGUCGUGAGGGAGCUGGGCGCCCGUCACCCGGACCUGGACGCGGCAAAGGUCUCCCUCGGGGUUCUCGGCGUGGUCUCUCAGGUCACGCUGGCGCUGCAGCCGCUGUUCAAGCGGUCGGUGGCGUUCGUGAAGCGCGACGACUCAGACCUGGCGGACCAAGUGGCAGCAUGGGGCCGCCUCCACGAGUUCGCCGACAUGACGUGGCAGCCGGAGCAGCGCAAGGUCAUCUACCGCCAGGACGACCGCGUCGACGUCUCGUCGCCGGGCAACGGCCUCAGCGACACGCUCCUUGCCCGGUCCGCCCCCACGCGCAUGCUCGCCGACGCAAGAGCCGCCGAGGAGCUGCUGCAGGAGAACGGCACCGCCGCCGCCGACCUGUGCGCAGCGGCGCGGCCGCUGGCGGACACGGUGGAGCGGCAGGCCUACGGCUACACAAACGACGGCGUCUCGUUCACGGGGUACCCGGUGGUGGGGUACCAGCACCGCAUCCAGGCGUCCGGCACGUGCAUGGAUAGCCCGGAGGACGGUCUCCUCAGCGGCUGCCCCUGGGACCGGCGCAUCCAUGGCUCCUUCUACUACAACUCUGGCUUCAGCGUCGCGCUCUCCAAGGCGCCGGCGUUUGUGUCGGACAUGCAGCGGCUCCGGGACCUCAACCCGGACAUCUUCUGCGCCGGCGUCGACACCAGGGUCGGCGUGCUCCUCCGCUACGUCAAGGCGUCCUCCGCUUACCUCGGCAAGCCGGAGGACUGCGUCGACUUCGACAUCAUCUACUACUGGAGCCGCACCUACGGCAUGCCGCGUGCGCACGCCGACGUGGUGGACGAGAUCGAGCAGAUGGCGCUACGCAAGUACGGUGGCCUCCCGCACUGGGGAAAGAACCGUAACUUCGCUUUCAGCGGUGUCAUCACGAAGUACCCGGGAGCUGGUAAAUUCCUCGGGGUGAAGGACAGGUAUGACCCCAACGGGCUCUUCUCGAGCGAGUGGAGCGACCAGGUGCUCGGCAUCAAGGGAAGCCCCGACAUCGUCAAGGAGAGCUGCGCCGUGGAAGGACUCUGCAUCUGCUCUGAAGACUCGCACUGCGCGCCGGAGCAUGGGUACUUCUGCCGGCCAGGAAAGGUGUACGACGAGGCCAGAGUUUGCUCGUUGCUCCAGGACUAGAGCGACCGCGAAUCACUUCAAGUGUUGAAUGUUAAUUCAUCACCUCUUGCUUCUCAGGGUUCUG